AUGACUCUCGCCCAAAACCACUACGUGGUACAACUCCCCGUAACCCCCAUAACUGGCGGGGCACUAAAUCCCUGCGACAUUGCCCAGCAAUGGCUCACGAACCUGGAGAUCCAACUGGGCACAUCGCCAGUCUCCCAAGUCAAGCUUUCAGGGCUCUUCCACAAAGACUCGUGGUGGCGCGAUAUGCUAGCUCUAGACUGGGACUUCCACACUAUCCACACCGUCUCUAAGAUUGAGCAGUACAUCAGCCGUAACCAGCCGCGGGCCCGUCUCACGGCCUUCCGUCUCCAGGAUGAGGGCAGGUUCCAGCCUAAAGUCGAGAAGCCGGUUGAGGGGUUACGGUGGAUCUCAUCGAUGUUCUUCUUCGAGAGUCGAGUGGGACGCGGCACGGGUGUUCUGCGUCUGACUCAGGAUGAGGCCGGUGUGUGGAAGGCGUACUCUCUCUAUACGAGUUUGCAGGAGUUGAAGGGCUUUGAGGAACCUCUGGGACUACGACGGCCUGAGGGGACCAUCGAGUCGAUGCCAGGGAAUCCAAGUAAGGAAAACUGGCUGGAGAGACGCCAGAGGCAGCUUGAAUUCAAACACGAGGAGCCUACGGCGCUCCUUGUUGGUGCGGGACAAGCUGGUCUCAACGUGGCCGCUCGGUUGCAAUCACUCGGGAUCUCAUGCCUCAUAGUCGACCGCAACGAGAGAAUCGGUGAUAACUGGCGGAAGCGGUAUAGAACCCUUGUGACGCACGACCCGGUAGAGUUCACACACAUGGCCUACCUCCCCUUCCCUCGGCACUGGCCCCAGUUCACCCCAAAAGACAAACUCGCAGAUUGGUUCGAAGCAUAUGCCAGAAUCAUGGAGCUGAACGUAUGGCUGAAGACAAGUGUCAAGUCGGCUGUCUACAAUGAUGCCAAGGCCCAGUGGACUGUCACCGUCGCCCGCGGUGACACUGGUUCGGCGCGAGUCCUCCAUCCCCGGCACAUCGUCUGGUGUACCGGUCACUCGGGGGAACCCAAGAUUCCCACUUUCCCGGGCCAGAUGCAAUUCAAAGGGACGGUGUACCACGGUAGUCAGCACCACGAUGCAUCCGACUAUGAGGUGAAGGGAAAGAAGGUGGUUGUUGUGGGGACCGGAAACAGCGGCCACGACAUCGCGCAGAACUUCUACGAGAACGGAGCCAACGUGACCAUGCUGCAGCGCAGCGGGACGUAUGUCAUCACAGCGGCCAAAGGGGUGUUGAUGCAGCACGAAGGGCUGCACGAGGAGAACGGACCACCCACAGAAGAAGCAGACAUCAUCUCCGAAUCCCUCCCGUACCCGGUAAAGUUCGCUCUAGACGUGCACUUCACGAAACGCGUCUACGAAGCCGAAAAGGACAUCCUAGACGGCCUCAAGGCCGCCGGCUUCGAACUCGACUUUGGCGUUGACGGGGCGGGUAUAUCCCGCGCGUACAUGACCCGCGGUGGAGGGUAUUACAUUGACGUCGGAUGCAGCCAGCUCAUCGCCGACGGCAAGGUCAAGAUCAAAAGAAGUCCUGAGGGGAUAGCGGGUUUCAAUGACCGUGGCCUGCUCCUGAAAGAUGGGAGCGCACUAGACGCAGAAAUCGUUGUGCUGGCGACGGGAUACGAUAACAUGCGAACAACUGUGCGCAAGGUAUUGGGCGAUCGAGUCGCAGACAGGUGUAGGGACGUCUGGGACUUGGAUGAGGAGGGUGAGAUCAAUGCGAUGUGGCGACCAAGUGGCCAUCCCGGAUUCUGGUUCAUGGGCGGAAACUUGGCCCUGUGCCGGAUCUAUUCCAAGUUCCUUGCGCUGCAGAUCAAAGCCAUUGAGGCGGGUCUGGUGUCACAGGAUAUUGUCCUUGCCAAGCUGUGA